AUGACUCCGUCCCCAAAACAGGUACAUGAAUACUUUGAACAAAAUGCUUCGGAUUGGGAUAUCAUUGGAUUCUUCAAUGAAUGUAGCAGUAUAGAAACUUAUAGAGAUAAAGUAGGACAUUACUUAACAUCUCUUGAGUUGAUCAACUGUACUGAGAAUGGCAAAAGGCGCGAAAAAGCACAGGAACUUCUCCAACUUUACAAACAGGGAAUGUUGGGCGCAGGUGACCUCUAUGCUUGCCUGAUGUUUAAAAGUCUCGAGUCUAGAGACUUUGCCAGCCACAGAAGACCUCUAUGCUUAUCUGAUGGCAAAACGAGAGUAAAAGAGUGGGAAAAGGUGCAUUCGAAUACGCAGAUUAAUAUCAAUCGUUCAACUAUAAACGGGACAGUGAGAGAGAUAACAAAUGGUGUAUAUGGGACUAUGAAUAAAGUAGUGUUUGAUGUAAAGCUUGCGCCAAAGAGGGAAAAUCAAGAUGCGAAUAAUGACAAAAUUUCCAAAAGAGCAAAAAUUAAUGGCUCUUCUCCUGCGCAUGCUUCCACUCCUCAACAUGAAGAAAAUCAGGAUAAGAAUAUCUUGAAGAAAGUUCAGAAUGAUGAGCAGAUAUUAGGGUCAGCAGAUUCGAAAAUGGAUAAAGGGACAUCAUUUGUUCCGUCUUCUAACUUUAAUUGUGACGAAGAAGUGAUUGAUUUUAGAGAUGUCUCUAAAAAGGAUUGGAUUCUUGAAGAUUGCAAUCUAUCUAGCGAAUUUCGGAAUUUUCAACAGUCAACGAUUCAACAGGUUAAAGAAAAGCCAUGCCUCUCAAACGUAAUGUUGAUUGAAUCGACAAAACCAACAUAUCUUAAUUGCAAUAAUGAGAUUUGGAAUAAAGUUUUCCAAAGACAAAUAUCUCCACGUCUAUCGCCAUUAGUUAUUAGUUUGAUUGCAGAAUAUUCAUCGAUGUUAAAUUCCUUCAUUUCACCGGAUAAAAUCCAAAAAAAAUGGAGUGAAAAUUUUUCCAAAAUCGCAGAGUUGGACAAAGAUAACAAAGACGAUUUUUGCAAAAGUCAAAUUAUCUUACGAAACUUUUUAUUACUAUCUAUUAAUAACGACAAUGAGGAUACAUUUGUCCACGUCAUUUUACAUGACUUAAUUAAAGAAGUUUUUCGUAAUUCGAUGGUUGAGUUAGUAUGGGCGAAUAGCGAAAGUUCAUGUUCCAAAGAAAAUAUCAUUAAAAAGUCCGAUUUUAAAAUAAUGAAUAACGAAAAAGACGAAAUUAUUUUUGGGGAAGUAAAAUCUAAAGAUUCGUCUUCAGUUCUAGCAAAAAAGGAUUUGAUAAAGCUUGCUAAUUAUCAAGUAGAUGCAUUGAAUGAAUUAGUAAAAAAAUAUGACAACAAAGUUGAAAUGAUUUCUUUUGGAAUAUGGGUUUGUGGAGCACGAAUCCGAAUCUACAAAAUGGAUAUGAAUUACGAUGGAAUAUACAGAAUGUUUUUAAUUUCAAACGUUGUUAUCCCAACGGAGCGUGCACGAUUUGUAAAUUUAAUACCUGUAUUAGAGGCAUUUCAAGAUACCAAACAUCGUUUAUCCGAAGUUUUAAAGGCAAUUGCUUCUAACACCUCUCCUAGUUCUCUAUCACGCUCUUCCUAUGGCAGAACGCCUACCCCUUCACCAAAACUUGUCAAGAUUACAAUUAUCGAACUUGAGCCAAAGAAUGCUAAACUAAUAAAAGUUAGGGAAGAGAAUGCCAAGCGAGAAGCUGAAAAUGCUGAACGCAAAGCUAUUACCCAUGAACGGGAAAAUAUAGCACAACCCAAUCUGAAUCUUAAGUGGAACUUGAACCCUCUGCAACCUCUUUACCAUAAGAUGAUACAUCUAAACAAAUAUCAGAAAACGCAUCUGAUAUAUCUGAAGUCGAAGACUAGUAAAUCAUUGGAAAAUUCAUGGAGUGAGGAUGCUAUCGCAUCGAUGAAUUCCUGGAUGAGGUGCAUAGGAAAAUGGUUAGUGGUGAGAUUAGUCAGAGAAAGCAUGAGGAGAAGCUUCAAUGUGGAUUAUCUAGCCAGGAAGCACCCUAGACUUUCCAGAAUACUGAAUCUACUUCCCAUGAAUGGAAAAACGAACAGGGCUUGA